UGAAAUCCAAUCAUUCCCGUUCCCCCGGUUCAGCCGGUUCGACGCUACUCUUCACAUUACCUCGUGUCUAUCCCGGUUGUCGGACAACAAUCAAGCUGGCAGGGACUAAACGGAGGAGUUUCUCUACUCAGGGCGGGUUCCUGAACAGAAUGUUCGGUGGCUCAUCGAGCCCGCCCAAAGACAAACCUGAUUCAUUCGGAACCAGUCCGACUAGCCCUGGUUCCCUGACCAUCAACACCGAAGACACGAGCGCUGGACGCGAGAGGAGGAACCCGUUUGCGAGAAAGAACAGCGAAGAGCAGAGCGCGGACGCAGACAAGAAGCGCAGGAGUAGCGUGGCAAAGGCAGCAUCGUUCUUCAGCAACGCCAAGAACUCGUUACACCUGUACAGCUCACGCGACCAGGCGAACGCCGUAGCUCAGUCUCCUCAGACCCCUCUACAGAAGCUGGGGAAGAUGGACCCCGCACUAAGCGUCCCGCAGGGUCCGCUGAAUAACUCAGCUGGAGAGUCGUUGCCAACAGCGCGGUCCUCAUUCCGAGUCGGAGUCACGGAAGAUCGAAAUCGAAAAUGUCGGAGAACAAUGGAGGAUACGCACGCGUAUCUGUACAACUUCCUGGGGACGCCAGCUCCCUCCGGUCAGCUGGAGGCUUCUUCUCUCAACAGCAAGGAUUCCCCCGAUUCUGCGGACAACCCAACCGAUUCGGAUGAAUCAACGCAUGUCGUCGAGACGGACAAUGGGUACUUCGCUAUCUUCGAUGGUCACGCAGGAACAUUCGCGGCAGAAUGGUGCGGGAAGAAGCUACAUCUGAUCCUUGAAGACAUAAUGCGGAAAAACCCAAACACUCCCGUGCCCGAGCUUCUUGAUCAGACGUUUACUAGCGUCGAUCAGCAGUUGGAAAAACUACCGUUGAAAAAUAGCGGAUGUACUGCUGUAGCCGCAGUUCUGAGAUGGGAGGAUCGAAUCCCGAGCUCUCAGUCUGCAACUGGCUCUACCGCGAUAGCGGCGGCUGUUUCUGGCUCCAAUAGAUCCGAUGGAGAAACAGACAACGCAGAGACUCCGACGCAGGCGACCUCGAAUGCUAGCUCGAACGCGCUUCUGUCCAAGAUGCAGGAGAAUGCCACUCGCCAGCGCGUCCUUUAUACAGCUAAUGUCGGUGAUGCACGCAUAGUCUUGUGCCGGAACGGCAAGGCUCUUCGCUUAUCUUAUGACCAUAAGGGCAGUGAUGAAAACGAAGGGAAACGGAUCGCCAACGCGGGCGGUCUGAUACUUAAUAACCGAGUCAACGGCGUCCUAGCCGUGACGAGGGCGCUUGGUGAUGCCUACUUGAAAGAUCUCGUCACCGGUCAUCCAUACACUACAGAAACAGUCAUCCAGCCGGAUGUGGAUGAAUUUCUAAUAUUGGCAUGCGAUGGUCUUUGGGAUGUCUGUAGCGAUCAGGAAGCUGUCGAUCUCAUUCGCAACGUCCAAGAUCCACAGGAGGCCUCCAGGAUCCUCGUUGACCAUGCGCUCUCACGCUUUAGUACGGACAACCUUUCGUGUAUGGUCAUACGCUUUGAUCCGGCUCGUGUUAAAGACGUGGUCGAGCGGCGGAUCGAACCAAUUGGUGUACAGGGCGAUCCCUCCACGCUGAAGAAGGGCGGAAUCAGCGAGGCCGACAAGAUUGUCGAGGGAGUCAGAAAGAGUAUAGCCAAGGCCGAUAUGGGAGGUGUGGAUCCGAGUCUCAAUGAUAAGCUUAAGGAAGAAGCUGUCAAACAAUCUUCGAACGAAGAACUUGGCCCCGAGUUGGCCGCGAUCACAGAAGGACCCGAUAUUGAAGAGCUGGACGUGGAGAACAAGGCCAAAAUAAAUGACGAUAACGACAAGAACUCCUAGUUCUUUCUAUCCCUGGAGGGACCAGCAACUUAUAUUUCAAAUGACAAUAGAGAUCCUUUGAUUUACUUUGUAACUUGAGUAUGACCGGGGCAGGU